AUGGAGAAAGACGAAAUCGCUGCCGAGGUUAACGCGGAGAAAGUGGAGAUAGGACUCAGUUCAGUUCUCCAAGAUGCCGUUUACAAUUUAUCGCUUCGUGCUGUGAACCCAGUCGAUGUUACCGUGAAAAACCUCUCACUUGAUCUCGAUACGACGCCUCCUCUAUGGGAAACUGCGCCUUCGCAAGUCUGGCUUCGGAUUCGUGGCCAUAAACCCGAAAGCAAUGUCAAGAGAAUCUUGGAUGAAGUGAGUGCAGAAAUGCCAAGUGGUAGCUUAACAGCCAUUCUUGGUAGCAGUGGCUCAGGGAAGACAUCAUUGCUCAACCUUAUGGCCGGUCGAAUGUCUCUUUCCAAGGCUAAAGUAUCGGGAUCAACUACUUUCAAUGGCAACGCCAAUAUUGAAAGUGUGCGCAGCGCCUAUAUCAUGCAGGAGGAUGUUCUCAUUCCAACGUUGACUGUGCGAGAGACUCUGCGUUACUCGGCUGAUCUUCGAUUACCGCCACCGACAACGCAAGAAGAGCGUCAUGCUAUCGUGGAGCAGGUCAUCCUUGAGCUGGGACUCAAGGAGUGUGCUGACACAAGAAUCGGUACAAAUACACAUAAAGGAUGCAGUGGUGGAGAAAAGAGACGGACAAGCAUUGGCGUGCAAUUGUUGGCUAAUCCAUCCAUGCUAUUCUGUGAUGAACCGACCACGGGCUUGGAUGCAACUAGUGCGUUUCAGAUCAUGCGUACACUGAAGCGACUUGCGCAAGAUGGUCGAACUGUCGUUGUCUCCAUCCACGCACCUCGAUCUGAGACUUGGACCCUUUUUGAUAAUGUAAUUAUCUUGGCGCGAGGAUCUGCUUUGUAUAAUGGUCCCGCGAGCGAGGCGCUACCCCACUUCGAAAAAUGCGGUCAUGCUAUACCGCCAUUCGUGAACCCAGCAGAGUUUCUGAUUGACUUAGCUGCCAUCGACAACCGAACCAGUGAUUUAGAAGUUGCAUCUUACGCUCGUGUUGAGAAUCUUCGUACAGCGUGGCGCUCAGAACAGGCUGACCGAGUACCAUCGGCAGAGGAAAAGAAGACAAAUGUGGUACCUAUGCUGGAGUGUGUCGAUACAAGUGCUAUGAAGAAGGUAUCGUUUCGACGCCAGCUCAAUGUGUUGACAUCACGUACUUUCAUCACAACUAUUCGCGAUCCGAUGGGCGUUGCGGGUAGUUUACUGGAAGCGAUUGGUAUGGCCGUCAUCAAUGGUUGGAUCUUCCUGCAACUUGGUGAAACCCAGGCAGGGAUUCGCUCGCGAGAAGGUAGCCUGUAUACAGCCAGCAGUCUCAACGGCUACCUCAUCUUGCUUUAUGAGACCUAUCGAUUGACUAUUGAUAUUCGGCUCUUUGAUCGUGAGCGAAAUGAAGGUGUUGUCAGUGUUCCAGCAUUCCUGCUCAGUCGUCGAGUUGCACGAUUUCCCCUAGAAGAUCUCCCAGUCCCGCUUCUAUUUUCACUAAUUUUUUACUUCAUGGUUGGAUAUCGCGUUGAGGUAGGGCAGUUCUUUAUCUUCUUCAUUCUCACAUUUCUUACACAUUACAUUGCCGUGACAUUUGCUGCAGUGGCUAUUGGUGUGUCCAGGAACUUCCCAGGCGCAAGUCUUGUGGCCAAUCUGUCCUUCACCUUACAAUCAUUUGCCUGUGGAUAUUUUGUGCAAUCAAAUCAGAUACCGGUCUAUGUCAGAUGGUUGAAAUGGUGUGCCUACACAUUCUACAUUUUUGGUGCGUUAUGCGCGAAUGAAUUCAUGGGCACUGGUGGUUCGGAGCUGGGUCAUUUCUACGAUUGUCCCUAUUCCGAUGAUCCACAUGAUCCAGCCUGCAAGGAGUACACAGGGAAAUACAUUAUGAGCAGCUUAGGAUUUCCAUCUAAUUGGAUUUGGCGACCGAUCGUGGUGCUAGUUGCAUUUGCCAUUUGCCACUAUCUAGCAGCAGGCCUAUUGCUACAAUAUAAUCGGUUUUCAAUCGAUAUUGCUCAAGCCCGGAAGACAGAAGGCGACUAUUCUGCCAGCAAAGCAAAACUGACAAUUCGUCCGUCUGAGGAGACUCGAAGAUUGACUAUCUCGUUGGAUCAAUAUGCCUUGGAAAUUCGACAAGGCCGACGACCUGGCAAGGAAGCACAGACGCUGAAGAUCCUACAACCAAUCACUGCGGGAUUCUUUCCUGGAGAGCUAAAUAUCAUCAUGGGACCCUCCGGCAGUGGCAAGACAUCAUUGCUUAGUUCUAUCGCUCGCAGGCUACAUGGCUCUCUGGGAACCCAGUAUCGUGUCAAAGGCCAAAUGCUGUAUAAUGGUGCAGUACCAUCGGAAACGGUGAUUCGCUCAGUGACUUCAUUUGUUACUCAGGAUGAUGAUGCCUUAAUGCCAUCGCUGACUGUGCGCGAAAGCCUACGAUUUGCAGCGGGGCUCCGGUUGCCACAUUGGAUGACCCGAGAUGAGAAGAAUCGACGAGCGGAGGAAGUCCUUUUCAAGAUGGGGCUGAAAGAAUGUGCCGAUAAUCUCAUCGGAAGCGAGCUCAUCAAAGGUAUCAGUGGAGGAGAAAAGCGGCGAGUAACCAUCGCCAUCCAGAUCCUCACGAAUCCCAAAGUUCUGCUUCUGGAUGAGCCGACCUCUGGAUUAGACGCUUUCACAGCCAUGUCCAUCAUUGAGGUUUUACAGAGUCUCGCAGCCGAAGGCCGCACCUUGGUCAUGACCAUUCAUCAGUCGCGAUCCGACCUUUUCGGUCAUUUUUCACAGGUCUUACUUCUAGCUCGAGGUGGAUACCCAGUCUACGCUGGGUCAGGACAACAGAUGCUCCCACACUUCGCAGAAUUAGGCCACGACUGUCCGCGAACAACCAAUCCAGCAGAUUUCGUUCUGGACCUUAUCACCGUGGAUCUCCAACAAGAAGAUCGGGAAGCGACUACCCGUGAGCGCGUUAGACAUCUUAUCUCUUGCUGGUCUAAUAAAACCUCGGUGCUUAAUCGUGUGGCAUCGCAAAUUGCGACUCCUGCUGAGCUUGGUAGUCUGCGUCGACAAAUGCUCCCAUUCCGUGUAACUUUUCCACUGGUACUGCGUCGCUCAUUCAUCAACUUUUGGCGCCAGCCGCCACUAGUCAUGGCUCGGUCGAUGCAGAUUGUUGGAAUUGCUAUAAUCAUGGCCUUGUUCUUCGCACCUCUGAAAAAUGACUAUGCCGCUGUUCAAUCGCGAAUGGGAUUUGUUCAAGAGUUUGCAGCAUUGUACUUUGUUGGUAUGCUUCAAAAUAUUACAAUAUACCCAAACGAGCGCGAUGUGUUCUACCGCGAAGAAGCAGACAACUGCUAUUCCGCAGAGACAUUCAUCCUCGCGUACACAACAAUUGAAGUUCCGUUCGAAAUAGCUUCAGCACUCGUCUUUGGCGUCCUAGCAGCUUUCGCAGAUAACCUGAAGCGCACGGCAGAGAUGUUCUUAAUCGGUGCCUUUAACUGUUUCUGCAUUAUUAGCUGCGGAGAAUCGGUUGGAAUCAUGUUCUGCACCUUAUUCUCUCACGUUGGAUUCGCCGUCAACGUGACAUCGAUCCUCCUAUCUAUCUCGACUAUUCUUGGUGGUGUAAUGAGUUUGAAUGUCAACGACGUCUUGCAGGGUAUCAAUCAUCUUUCGCCUAUCAAAUACUCUAUCGCCAACUUGGCUCCUUACUCGAUGCAUGGUCAGCCGUUCCACUGUUCUGCAGCUGAGCAACUCGCGGACGGAAGCUGUCCUAUUGAUAAUGGAGAGCAGGUACUGCAACUCUACAAUCUUCAUAAGAAUGGACCGAUGAAUAUCAUGGCGUUGGGAGUUUGCACCAUAAUCUACCGCUUCGUCGCAUAUGCUUUGAUAAAGCUGAUGCGAUCACAACAGGAUCUCAAAGACAUAGAACAACAAUUACGCCAAUCCCAUGCGAUGGAGCGAUUUUCAGUCCGUCGAAUUGAUGGAAGUAUAAUCCAAAUUUCCAAUCCCAUGUAUCAAGUACAGAAUCCUAUCUGGAAACCCUAUGUGAAGUACCAAGAAUAUUGGCAACUUGUGAAAACACAACCCAACGGCCCAGUUGAAACUUACCUAUGCUCUUACAUUGUGGAUUGGAGCAAUCAGACUGCACGAAACUUCCGAGAGCUUACAGCACAACCUAUGCAAGUCUUUAACGAGAAACACUUGUUGUGGCAGAAUAGCAAGACCUGUAAGGACUUGGCAGCCUUGGUCCAAGAUACACUCGGUACAAACACUGUGAAGAAAGUUCUCUGCUUCGGGCUUGGUGAUUUUUGCCGCUCCGCGCCUGAAUGGCUCAAAUGGCAGCAUGGCUCUUGGGAUGAGAACUCUGAGGGGGAAAAUGUUGUGGGUUGUAUGAUCCAGCAUUCAAUGGCUCUCACUAUCGCUCAACUUUGUCGUCAUGGCAAUAAAACAUUGCCAUUACUUGCUCAGGACCCAGAUUAUACAAAGUUCACGGAAGAGAUCCUGACCAAGAAGGAAUUCAAGAUUGUUGGAACACACGGUGCAGGAGGAUUCGCGGAAAUUGACGAUGAAUCGAUCAUAAUAUCACCCUUUGCUGCCGCCCCAGUCAAGCAGAUUAUCGCCGAUCUUGCUCGGCCUGUGCUUAUUAUUUCCACCGGCUUUGGAGUCUUCAAUGACAAUGAGUAA